AUGCUUGUUGAACUUUUGCCAUUUUGGACGAAAUACUGGUACCAUGUGCUAAUCAUUAUUAUACUUUACAAUUUUUUAAAAUUAUUUUACGCAGUAUCGAAAAAAGGCGUCAUUUUUAUUGAAAAUAGUAAACAUAAUUUUAACAAUGUAGAUAAUACCGUGGAGCAGUUAGAAGAUAUUAAUAAAGAAACAUUAGAAGAUAGUGAGGAACCUGUACUACCAAAAGAUUUAGAACAUAUUUCAUAUGAAUUUAGGAGACUCUCUGAAGUAGAAUUACUCUGUCGAGCUUCUGAAUUUUAUAAAAUAGUAGCUGCUAGAAGAACUAUAAGAUUUUUCAGUUCUGACCCUGUACCAAAAGAAGUCAUACAUGAGAUAAUUAAAGCUGCAGGCACUGCGCCUAGUGGUGCGCAUACAGAACCAUGGACAUUCGUAGCGGUAUCAAAUCAAAAGGUAAAAGAACAAAUAAGAUAUAUUGUUGAAAGGGAAGAAGAAAUAAAUUAUAAAAAAAGAAUGGGAGUAAAGUGGACAACCGAUUUACUUCCAUUGAAAACAAAUUGGAUUAAAGAGUACCUGACUACCGCUCCUUAUUUAGUGCUUGUGUUUAAACAAACUUAUGGAAUUUUACCCAAUGGAAAAAAGAAAAUUCAUUAUUACAAUGAAAUGAGCACAUCUAUUGCUUGUGGUAUUCUCAUCACCGCUAUACAGUUUGCAGGUUUGGUAACUCUGACUUCUACUCCUUUAAAUUGUGGACCUGCUAUCCGCAACCUUCUUGACCGUCCUCCUAAUGAGAAGCUUGUUGUACUACUGCCAGUUGGUUAUCCAGCAAAGGAUGCUACAGUGCCUGCCCUUCAGCGAAAAUCUCUAUCUGAUAUUUUAAUAGAAAUUGAUUGA